AUUUGAUUUCUACAAAUUAAUUCAAACUUUCUGUUUGUACAAAAAUGCACACAAAGUGCUUUUACUACUCGAAGUAUGUAGUAACUAAGUAACUUAAGUACUACUCUGCGUAAGUAAGUUACUACUCUAGCUCAGGCUGUUGCAUAAUAUAUUUGUCUCCAUAAUAUGUUUGCUUUUUGUUGAUUAGUGUUCUUGUAUUCUCAUUAGACUUCUGAUGAGACUUAUGGCUCUGAGCAAAAAAAACAAACAAGAUAAAAACAUGGCCAUUCAUGCUAACUUGACCGCUAUCAGUGCCUGCCCGUGCUUAAAAUAGUUUACUGUGCAGACAGUUUGCUGCAUGGACUAGAGUCCCUUGUGAUGAAAUCUGAGCUUAGCAACUCUUUUCAGGGCUACACACCACUCCAUCUGGCAGCUAUGUUUCAACAUCAUCACAUCACUGAGCUACUUACGACAACUUAUGGAGCUGACCGAAACAUUCGUGACCACAGUGGUCGUAAAGCAGAACAGUACUUAGCAGGAGUUGGGUCACUCUGUAAGAAUGAAGGCAAAAAGACUCAGCAGCCAUCAGCUACUUGCACAACAGAGAAAGAUAUUGGCUUCAUGCGCAUGGGAUCAUUCAACAGUCGGGUGAAACGAACUGCAGCAGCAAUCACAGGCUCCUUUGGAAGCCAGAAGCUGAAACCCUGGGGGUCAGCGGAUAGUGUUAUGGACAAUACAGUGUGCAUUGGUAUGCUUCCGCCAAAACAUGCAGUGAAGAAAAAGAAAUCAAAGAAGAUUGAGCUUCCAAGUACAUCACCUUCGAGCAAGCCAUAUAAGGGUUGCAUGUGCUGUUGGCUUCUGAAGUCACUUUCCGUAUUCACAGUUGUAGUCUACAAAGUGUAUGAUAAUUGAACAAGUUUUUUCUCAAGAAAUGUCAAUAACGUUAUUUGAGUCAAUAACAUUAGUAUUAAUGUUUGUGGACACUUUAGCAUUUUAGAGUUUACGCUGCCACAUAAUCGUUUUAUAUCAUAUUCAUGGCAUUUGUGUGGUCCACUAUAACUGUUUUAAACAUUAGUACCACAAGUAUAAGCUGAAGGCUACAAAUAACAAUUUGGAGCUUUACGUCACACGACAAUUAUGCCUCUGUAGUUGGUCUAUGAAUUAAUUCUGCCCACCUGAGGGUUAGGACCUGGGCAAGUGUUCCAUCUGCUUUAAAUAUAAUAACUUUUCUAGAAUUGUGGAGGUUGACAACAAUACAAUGACAGGGGUGACACAAUGACACAAGAGCACUAAUGUUGCCACUUCACCUGCUUUGUAACUAAUGUAAGUGCUUGGGAGCACCCAAAGUCAUGCACAUGUUUAGUACACUAAAAUCCCUGCUUUCACAGUGUGUGGUGUGUAAUUGAGAGCCCCUUUAACGUCCGUCACAGGUCAUGACAUGCCUAUGCACUUGUACAAUGCAGCUUAAUUGCUGGUGUCCUGCUGGCUGCAUGUGAUGUGCAUAUAGAUGAAGACCCUCGACCUUUUCACUCCUGCAGAUUUCAUGUACUACUCCAGCUAUAGCUGGUUUACAGUGCCUGACUUAUGGGAAGUUGAACAGUAGUAUUUGAAAAAUUGGUUCUACUUAACUUUGUUGGACAAAAGAAUGUCUUCUUUAGAACCUAUAAGCUGAACCUUUUUUUAAGCUGAACAAAUAUAUCAUAAAAUUCUUCAUCUGCACGUACAUUAUGAGUGCUACUUGGGAGAAAUAGUUUAUUUAGCCUCAAAUAGUUCAAAUAGCCUCAUUUUGUGGCUAUGUCCACACAGAUCCACCAGUGGCGUAGCCAGGGGAAGGGUUUAGGAGGUUCAACCCCCCCCCCCCCCCCCCCGAAAUCGUAUACCCUUGGUAGUGCAUUUGGGAGAGGGAAACGAGAGUGAAAUCCUCCUCCCCCAUGUAAAGUCCCCAUAGAACCCCACCCGCAAUAUUUUUCUGGCUACACUGCUAGUCUCCACAUAUCACGAAAGGUAAUAACAAAAUGUAAUAGCACCAGCUUCUGUAGAUUACUUGGUACAUAGCUGAUCGCAAGGCAUGCCGGUUCAAGCCCUGUUGAGGACGCCAACAAUUUGGAGGCAUGAUACAAAUUGUAUGUACCUGUGUCACACAGGCACUCUGAAAUAAUAGUCAAGUGGCUUUCAAUAUUCCCGAAUCCUGAUUUGGACUCGAAUGCGUUAUUGCACUGCUACAUGCACAAACAGAUGGCUGUGUGAAGCUCAUCUCUCUUCCAAGCGGUUGCCGCACAUUCUUGUGUUAACACAAAAAAUCUAGCUGUUCCAAUUAACUUCCAAUUUGCAACUGUGUCAAAUUUGCAUAUCAUUUGCUCGACUCAUUUGCAUAUGAAAACUCAGCAAUAUAUAUCUCAAAGUAUGUGCUCAUUUCAGGACAUUUAAACAAGCAGGUACCAUAAUUUCUCUGCAGCUUAUCCACUGGUAUGGCUUAUCUGAUUACUAUUUUGCCCUGGUAUUUUCCCCGUACCUCGGUUUUAACGAAAGGGCCGACAGUGUCUCUGGAACAGCACCGCCCUGCCAAUGCACAAACAAUGCGUAACAGUGGCGCAUCCAACUUCGAGUAGACUGACCUUCCUGGUGCCUUCCCCCAAGCAGCUUUAACGAAAGUGGUAACAGUGAUUCGUGCCUUCUGGAAGGCCACUGACCUGUCGAUCCAUGAAAAACACAAAACAAGGGCACAAUCCGAUUGUGGUAGAACACUACAACUGACCUCCUUUGUUGUACACCAUGCCGACCCUGGACCACAGGGUUUAUGGCCUUCUCUAUGGUCUCCUUUGUCGCACAAAUCAGUGCGUCAUAUUGCCUGUGGCUGAUCUGCGAGUGUGGCUUAUACAUGUGAAAUUACGUUACUUAAAUAAUGCGGCGGAAUUUAAAUAAUGACUGCCUCCAAGUCUCCUAUCUUGCAUUUCUCCGAAAACAUCUAAUUAAUAAGUUAGAUGAAUUUUAGGUAAUUGGUCACCCAGUAGUUACAUACAUACUUUCCCACAAGAUGUCCGCUUGGCCGCGUAACACACCUAUAAAAACCACAUCUGGGUAGCUCUCAGUUUUAUUAUACAAAUUCCUGUAAAGGAUAUAAAAAAUGCCCUGUAUAUUAAUACAGUGCAGUACAGCAGAGUGGCGAUCAUAUAAAAAUAGUAUAUCUUGUGGACUAACUUCUUUACUUCAUCAUUCUUGUCUUCCUUAGAAUGUUAAUCCAUAUUAAAGCAUAUCAUUU